UUAGAAGGACAACAAAAAUACAAAGCAACAAUUAAACGAUCAUCUACAAUAGAACUAGCACGAGCAACAAAUAAAUUGUCACAAAAAGAACUCGAAGCACAAAUUCAAGAAGCAAAGAAUAAGAUUCAAGACCUUGAAGCACAAAUUCAAGAAUCAAAGAAUAAGUACUCUGUUCUACAAAAAGAACUUGCCAAGUUACAACCUGAGAAGGUGGAAAACGAAGAAGAAAUUAAAAGAUUAAAAAUAGAAAUUAACGAAACAAUUGCUGCUAGAAAUCAAGUCGGGGGUAAUUUGCUGUUAACAAUCAAUAAAUUGAGGAAAAAAAAAAAGUGUGAAAAAAAUAGAAAAAUAGAUAAAAACUAG